AUGGGUGAGUAUGACAUAGCAGUUACUGAUUAUAAUCAAGAAAUUCAAAUUGAUCCAAAUACGGGCGAUGCUCACUUGAGGAGAGGCGAAAAUUAAUCUAUGUAAAAAUUAGGUAUUUGUUAUUAGGAAACAAAUGGUAAGGAGAAAGCAUUAACUGAUUUUAAUAAAGCAAUCAAACUUGACCCAAAUUUGAAAAAUGCCUACAAGAAGAGAGGUAAAGAAUAAUAAAUUUAAAUUUAGCGUAUAUAUAUGAGAAAACACAGAUUCAUUUAUUGA